AGCCAUGCUGAAACAGAUAUUAUCGGAGAUGUACAUUGAUCCUGACCUGCUAGCAGAACUCAGCGAGGAGCAGAAGCAGAUCCUCUUCUACAAGAUGAGGCAGGAGCAGAUCAGACGGUGGAAAGAAAGAGAAGCUGCUGCAGACAAGGUUUCAGCAAAGAAGCCACUGCCAAAAAAAGCCAGUACGAAGUCUGUACAAUGGAAGCUAGGUGCUGACAACGAUGUCUGGGUGUGGGUGAUGGGUGAGCAUCCUUCAGAUAAAUCCUAUGCAGCCAUCUGCGAAGAGAUCCAGGCACAAAGGGCCAAGCGGUUAGCAAAUGAGCAAGGCAAGGAGGCCAGAGAGACAGACUGUGCUGUAACACAGUCUCCGCAACCACAGCCACAAGUCCUGGGUGAAACAGAAGUUCAGGGAAAAAAUAAAAACACUGUAGAGGAACAGAAAGAAGAGGCGAGAAAAAACACUGCUGGUACAAUUGGGAAAAGCCAGGAGCUCAAAAAGAGGGAAGCCCGGGAUGUUCACCAGAUGCUGGCAGACUGCCAGAUGAGGAAGGGUGGCUUCUCACAGAUGAAGGGAGGACACAGGAGAAAUUCAGAAGAGACUACAGUCCCGCCGAAGGCAAUAUCCCAAAGCCACAAAUGCUCAGAGAGCCAGAAGGUGGUGCAGAAACCCGAUGAGAAUGAGCCUGAGUGGCAAGAAUCCUUGCGGAAAUCCAAGGCAGCAGAUGAGAAGAGACGCUCUCUUGCGCGGCAGGCCAGAGACGACUACAGAAGGCUUUCACUGCAGGGAGCCCACAGAGGGAAGCAGGCAGACAUAUCCAAGAAUGCCACAGCAGGAGAUCGGCGGCCGCUGCAAUACCCUCCUCUCCCACCAAAGCCUAAACUUCCACCUCCUGUGAUGGCGAAUGGCAGAGCAGUUAGCAGGAAAGAGGCAAUCCAGAGAACAGUCUCCAAUUCAGCUGAACAAAGCAUCAUCAAGUGGUUCAAAGAGGAGCAAUUCCCCCUUCGAGCUGGGUAUCAGAAAACCACAGACACGAUAGCACCUUGGUUUCAUGGUAUCCUAACCUCUAAGAAAGCAGAGGAGCUUCUGAGUAAAACAGUGCCGGGGAGUUUUUUGAUCCGUGUCAGUGAGAAAAUCAGAGGCUACGUGCUUUCCUAUCGGUCUGCAGAGGGAUGUAAACACUUCCUUAUUGAUGCCUCCAGUGAUUCCUACAGCUUCCUUGGAGUGGACCAGCUACAACAUCCAACACUGGCUGACCUUGUUGACUACCACAAGGAUGAACCCAUCACUUCUCUGGGAAAGGAGCUGUUGCUUUACCCAUGUGGUCAAGAGGACCAUGAACCAGAUUACAUCUCUCUCUUUGAGUGAAACUCCCAGUCUCCUUAUGUAGCCCCGCACCGCUUUCACCAAGACUGCACUUCAAACUGGAAGCAGCUGAUGCUUACCUGAAACUUGCCUUAAGUGCCUCUAUUUCAAAUCCUUCUCAACAAAGCAGUGGGAAAAUAAGUGCUGUCACACAGGCUUAUUGUUUCAACAGAGUCAAAAGAUGCAUCAGCCCAGCAAGCUACAGAACACCCAGAUACAUCAUGCGUGUGGAUUAGACGAUGAAGCAUCAGUCGAACAGAGAUUUUUGCAGAUUUCCUCAGGGAUAUCUGUGUUCAAGCUGCGUUUUGCUCUUGAAUGCAAGGUUGCCUGCUGUCUGGGAAACAGAUUGGUACCUAAAAUUGAAUGAGAUCAUAGCUUCCUGAAGGCACCAAACAACUUGGAGAAGUGAAUCAGCCUUGAUAGUAAUUUGUUUAAUGUGAAACAGUGCUGUAAAAUGCUGUGCCCUUGGAAUCAAGGAUGUUCAAGUAAAACAUCCAAGCAUACCCUUGGUGCCCUUGGUGCCUUUCAGUGAAAUGUGUUCUCUGAAGAGGGAUUUUUAUGAAAAAUACAUUUUAAAAAUUCCUUGAGCAUCUGUAUAUAGACUAUGAAUACAGUUUUCUAACCUGUAUCUAAAUCCCACACUGGCCUUUCUGCCUAGAGGAGGAUUAACCUUUUGCAAGGAAGUGGAGAAGGGAUGCAAGAAUUUGUUAGUAAGAACUGCAUUCACAGAGCCUAAAUAAUGUAAGAAACAGGGCCUGUAUCAGUAUUAGUACAGUUUACGGAAGUGUUUGCCAGUAAAUAAUGCUGUUUUUCAGAACAGAGCUAUUUAUUUCUAGUUGUGUCCAGAUUACUGGGACGCAGAUGGUGUGAACCAUAACAGAACCUUUUUUU